AUGUCGAAUUCUGCAAAAAGAUCAAAUGAUUUUGAAGAAAAUGCUGAAUCAGAAGGAAAAAAAACCAAAAUUCGAAAAAUAACCACUGCCAUGGAUUUUUUUACUUCCUCGCGAGCGCGUAUCUCAAGAGACAAAUCAAAGCCUUAUCAUCAUAAAAAAAAGAAAGCGAGAACGAACGAUGCUACUGUAAGGUCUCGUGAUCCUGAAUUUUUCUUCGAUGUAAACCGUUGGAAAAUAAUAGAAAUCAAGGAACUAAGAAAUCUUAUUUUGCAUUUACUUACUGAAGAGGGUAGAUGUCCACAAUGGCUUUAUAUCGAGAAUAUACAAAACAUUAAAAAAGUCGUUUUUCUUAUGAUACCCGGCCUUGAUCCAAGUUUAUUUGGAAUAACUGCAAAAGACGCUGUAAAAGCAGAAAGACCGUUGGAUUGGGAAAAACUUCUAGAGAAAGGUCUUUUUGGUGAUCCUGAUUUGAAUCCUCGUGAAUUCCUGCCGAUAUUUCCACAAAUAUUUUCACACGGGUGUAUUACUCGAGCUUCUGGUGAUGCAAAAAAAAUAUAUAACCCAAUGGGAUGUCUUUUUAAUUGUUCUUUAUCUGAUGCUCAAAAAGAGUCAAUAAGUCCAAGAAAAUUUCCUGAUGAUAUUCAUGAGCGGAUUUAUUUAUGUUUACUAACACCUGAGGAGAUGAUACAUAAUAAUUAUCCUUUACCAACUUGUAUGGAAAAAGACCAUGUUUUACCUGAUGGUUGGGUUGAAGUACCUAUGAGUUCAUCUGAUAUUUUAAAAAAUGAAAAUGAACUUUCUAGAAAGAAAUUCAGAGUUCUUUCUGUCGAUUGCGAGAUGUGUUUAUCGAAUGCUCUAUCUGUUUUAACUCGUGUGUCUAUAGUUGACAUUGAUUGUAAUGUUGUCUAUGAUGAAUUAGUCAUGCCGGAAGAACCUAUUACCGACUAUUUGACCCCGUACAGUGGAAUAACUGAAGAAAGAUUAAAAGGCGUAACAACGACUAUAAAAGAUGUACAAAAUCGGUUGUUAGAACUAGUGGAGUGCGAUACUGUUUUAGUCGGUCAUUCAUUGGAAUGUGAUUUGAAAGCCUUAAAGUUUGCGCACCCAUAUAUAAUAGACACGUCAAUUCUCUAUACAAACCCUGGAGGCAUAUUUAAUAAGUCAAGUUUGAAAAUGCUAGCACAUCAAUGGCUUAAUCGUUCCAUUCAGGUUGGAGGAGUAAUUGCCGGCCAUGAUUCUGUUGAGGAUGCAAAGGCAACAAUGGAUCUUGUAAAGUUAAAAUUGAACGACGGACUAGAUUUUGAUAAAUCAUAUGAAAGUAUAAUUCAGCGUCUUGAAAGAUAUAAUAAGACUUCUGCGUUUAUUGAUUAUGGUGGUAAAGUUCAAUUGUUAGGUGCUUGCGCAAAGCGUUCAAUAACAUGUACAAAUGAUGAUGAGGUUUCUUCAGGUAUUUUAAAUUCUGUAACCGAUAAAAGUAACCAUUAUCAUAAUUUUAUUUGGGGAAAGUUUAAAGAUCUAGAAGACUUGCCUGAGCACAUAGAAGAUAGAUUAACAACAUUAAAGCGAUUUAAUGAAAGAAUUGCAAAUAUUUACUCUAGUUUACCGGUGUAUACAGCAUUUAUCAUAUCAAGUUGUUCAGGUGAUACACGUGAAUGGAAAAGAUUAUUUAGGAAAAAGUUGAACGAUGGUAUAAAUUGGACCUUACAAGAUCAAGAAAUUUACGAGAAACAACUUCUCAAGGGCAAAUUGGGAUUAACUUUCUUUAGAAUCAAGUCUGAUACUAAAACAUAG